CCGCGGCACCUCCACAGCGUCUCUGACAGUCGCGGCGCUGGGACCUACGGCCCGCGCCACCUCACGCAGCCUUCGCGGCCUCCACCGCGGCCCAAGUCCCGUCCCUCGCCUCGGCGCCCACAUCCAGGGGGCGGUCCGGUCCGCCGUCUCUGCGGAGGCCGCAUCUGGCGCACAUCUGGAACCGCCCGGCCGGCCGCGCUGGAGCCCGCGCCCGCCCUGGCCCGGCCGCGCCGGGAGCCCUGCCCGGAGCUGGAGCCGCACCUGGAGCCGCGGGCCCGGGGCCCUGAGCCGCGCAGCCGGCGCAUGGUGAACUCGCUGCUGUUCGGGGAGAUGGCCUUGGCCUUCGGCUGCCCGCCCGGCGGCGGCGGCGGGAGCUGCCCCGGCGGGGGCGGUGGCGGCGGCGGGGCCGGGCCGGGGCCGUCUCCGGUGACGGCGGCGCUGCGGGACGACCUGGGCUCCAACAUCCACCUCCUGAAGGGGCUCAACGUGCGCUUCCGCUGCUUCCUGGCCAAGGUGCACGAGCUGGAGCGGCGCAACCGGCUGCUGGAGAAGCAGCUGGAGCAGCAGCAGAGCGAGCGCGAGCGGCGGCUGCGCUACAAGACCUUCUCCCGAGAGCAGGCCGUGCAGACCGGGCCCGAGCUGCUGCGGCCGCCAGCGCCCGGCGCGGGGCACGGCAGCGGCAGCGGCAGCGGCGCGACGGCGGGCGCCAACGCCAACACCGUGGCCCUGGGCGGCCUGCCCCCCGGCGGCGGCUCGCACCCGCAGCACUACGGACGCCUGCCCGGGACCAUCUGGAGCUACACGCAGGUGCGGCGCACGGGCGGCGGCGGCGUGGAGACUGUGCAGGGCCCCGGCGUGUCGUGGGUGCACCCCGACGGCGUGGGCGUGCAGAUCGACACCAUCACGCCUGAGAUACGCGCGCUCUACAACGUGCUGGCCAAGGUGAAGCGCGAGCGCGACGAGUACAAGCGGAGGUGGGAGGAGGAACUGGCCAAGCGCAUGAAUCUGCAGACCAUGGUGGACACGCUGCAGGAGGCGGCACAGGAGGCUGAAGCCAUCCAGGAGGAGAUGAACGAGAAGAUCGAGAGGCUCAAGGCCGAGCUGGUGGUGUUUAAGGGGCUCAUGAGUGACCCCAUGACAGACCUGGACACAAAGAUCCAAGAAAAGGCCAUGAAGGUGGACAUGGACAUCUGUCGCCGGAUCGAUAUCACGGCCAAGCUGUGCGAUGUCGCACAGCAACGGAACUCGGAAGACGUGUCCAAGAUCUUCCAGGUGGUCCCCAAAAAGAAAGAGCGUAAGGUGGCUUCGGACGACGACAUCUCCGAGCAGGAUGGGGAGGUGAACCGGUUCUCGGACGACGAGGUCGGCUCCAUGAACAUCACAGACGAGAUGAAACGCAUGUUCAACCAGCUGCGGGAGACCUUUGAUUUUGACGAUGACUGUGACAGCCUGACGUGGGAAGAGAAUGAAGACACACUGCUGCUCUGGGAGGACUUCACCAACUGCAACCCGACCAUUGACCUGCAGGGCGAGCAAGAGGAAAACUUGGGCAACUUGAUCCACGAGACAGAAUCCUUCUUCAAGACGAGAGACAAGGAGUACCAGGAAACGAUUGGCCAGAUCGAGCUGGAGCUGGCCACGGCCAAGAGUGACAUGAACCGGCACUUGCAUGAGUACAUGGAGAUGUGCAGCAUGAAGCGCGGGCUGGACGUGCAGAUGGAGACCUGCCGCCGGCUCAUCAAAGGCUCUGCAGACAGGAAUUCACCGUCCCCCAGCUCCGUGGCCAGCAGUGACUCAGGAAGUACAGACGAGAUCCAGGAUGAGUUUGAGCGGGAGGCGGAUGUGGAACCCAUGGUCAGCUGAUGACGGAGGCCCCCAGUGCCUGCUGGUCUUGGUGAUGGGGCCUCUGCCCCCACUCCCCGUGGGGCCAGGAAGGCUCCUCGGAGUGGGGCUCCAGUCCUCACCACACAGACUCCCUCUGCCCUCCCUUCUCUGGAGGCCCCGAGGGACCGCUGCUUCCUUCCUUCCACCCCACCACCAACCAGUGCCCCUUCUCCAUCCACCCACCCAAGGAAUGGUGCUGUCAAUUUCUAUUGUUCUCCACAUUACAAAUGCAGACUUCUGUCCGGACGAUGCAGUGUUAACUGUGCCUUUUCCCUUAAGCUGAGCCACUUUGAGCUCCAAAGAAUUCUUCCUAGCAGGUGUUUUUAUACAAAACUCUAAGGUGAGGGCGGGGCCCCUGGCGUGGUAUAAUGUGGAUUUCUACCCUCCCACCUGCUCCUCUGAUUGGCCAUGAGCUCUGCCCUCCCCUCCUCUGCCUGGCCAGUGCCAGUUGGCCUUGGGGUGGUCCACCUCCCCACCCACCAGGAAGGAGCUGUUUGCCUUUGCAACCUUUCCAGGUCUGGGUGGGGGGCCCCCCAAGUGUUUUUACUUAACUGACAAGAGAGAAAAGAUGGAAGGAGGGAGGGAAGACAAAAUUUUAUUUUCUUUCUGGAUCGAGUGGCGAAGCGGAGGGACAAGGCACUGUGGGGGAAAGUGGAGUCUCACUGUGUUUAAACUACUAUGCAAACAAAACAAAACAAAACAAAAAAAAAGCAGCUUGCCUUAUAUCAUUGUGGAAGGUAGGCCCUCGCCCAGACUCCUGGUUUUCCCCUGGAGCUGGGAGAGAGGCCGAUGCUAGGGUGAUCUCUCUCGCAGCCUCUGAGGGUGAGCACUGACUCGGGAGUGGGGUUUCUGUCAAGGUCGGUAGUGAGGCCGGGGGCCUGCAAGGCCAUCGGCCCACCUGACUGCUUGCUUUCUUGGGACCUUUGUGGGGUGGGAGGGGUCUUUUAUUGCCCUGAUGACUUGAUGUUUUUCUCUCCCUUCCCAGCCAAUGAUAAGGGACUAUAGAUCUGUAAUUUCUCUGUGAGAAAGCCUGAAGGGGGCCAGGCCUGGUAUCCACCCCCUCCACAAUGGAACUGGGCUCGUACCGCCUGCCGCCAUCUUGGUUGGUUCUCCACUGCCCCCAGUCGCCGGCUGUUUGGCCACCGGCAGGCACUGGAAAGGGAGGGGGAGGGGGAGGCAGUGAGGGCUGCUGGCUAAUCAGAGGAGGCAGGAGUGGAGCUGGAGUGAGAACCAUCCUUUGUUCUGCUCACGGACAUAUGCAAGCCUGUUCCAUACUUCACUCGAUUGACCGACCAGUGGGGAGUUAAUCUGAGCCAGUAUCUCCCCAAGACUUGGGUGGGCCUGUGUCAGAAGGCACUGUGUUGAGGCCACCUGUCAGAUCUCAGCUUGGAGCCAGCCGAGCAGGUUUUGCUUUUUUUAAAAAAAAAAUUUCUUUUUGUACCCACUCCUGUGGGUGUGAUUGCUGGUUUUUGUUUUUUUAUUGGCCCAGGAGCUCCCCCUGGAGGUCCAAGGAGCAAAAUGUGCCCGAGGCCCAGAACUGCCCACCUACCGCUCUCCUGUGGAGGCGGAGGAGGGACUCUGGCUUUUAAUAGGAUUGCAGCCCCCUGUCUUUCUUCCUCAGGGUACCAGCGACCUGUAAGGGCCUUCUCUCUCUUCCGUUUCCCCACCUGUUUUGCAGUCUUAAAACCGUUGUACAUAAUACUCAUAUGAUAUAUAUAUGUAUACAUAUAUAUAUAUAUGGAGAGAGAGUGUAUGUUAGUGACUGUAUGUAAUUUUUAUUUAUCAGAACUUGGUGGCCUUUAUUGUGAGUCCCCACCCCCCCCUUUUUUUUCUGUUGUGGUUGUCGCAGGAACCUGCUGGUUCCCUGUGGCGGUCUGGCCGAGAGGCUUCCAAUCCCAGCCAAACAGUCCCUGGGUAGGUAUGCGGAGGGACCAUGGGUUCAGAGGAGAGACAGCCCCUUCCCCUCCUCCUCACUGACCCUUGUUCUAAAGGUUACAGGGUUCAAACAUACCUGAUUAUUUUUGUCAUUAGUGUUAUUGUUGUCUUAGUUUUAGUCUUAUUGUAACCAAAGGUUAUCAGAGCCAGUCGGGCUUGGACCUCAGCUGCUGGAAAGAUUUUCCGUUUCUGGGAGGACACCACCCAGCCCCCGCCCCCGGCCUCCCUCUGUCCAGGGCUGAGGGGGGUAAGGGAAUGGCGUGGUUUGGGAGGCAGAGCAGAGGUCAGCCCCGGGUUGUUUCUCAAGGUGGUGGGGUGGGUGGCAGACCUAUCUUUAGUGUUAAGACAUAAGGCAGCAGUGUAAGUAUAACUUACUUAUAAGUUAUAUAGUAUAUAUAGUGUAACUAAGGGGACCUCGGCAGUCAGCGUUGGGUGAUUAUGUAUGCUUUCCCCCUCACGUACGUGUACGUGUACCUGUACGUUUGCCUCUGGGACUGGGGUGCUCGAAGUUUGUCCAGGGAGUAUGGAAAUGGCAGGAGCCCGAGAUAGACGCUGGCCGAGCAGCUCCUUCCUGCUGGUUUUCCAUAGCUGCUCUCCCCUGGGGAGCAAGGAUUGGGGCAGGUGGAUGGGGGUGGAUGCCACACAGGGUGUGGCAGACCAGCCUCCUGGGUCUGGGCCCGGCUGCUUCUCUCUCUCCCCACCAAGUUCUUUUUUGAGUUUGUUGCCAGUGGGCCCUUGCUCGUGACCUCGCCAUGAGCCCACAGCUUGCCAAGAAAGACCCCAACGCUCGCUGGGGCAGCACUGGGUCCAGUUGGGAUGAACUGGUCCAUCCUUUGUAAAGCUGUAAAUACUAAAAUUUCUAUUUCUAAGCCCAGUGUCAUAUUGACAUUGGUAUUUUAAGGUUGUUCUCAGAUGGGCUCUCCUGUGCUGCCCUCUCUCACUCUCCUAUUUUUGGGGGUUUUAUAAAAAGAGAGGAUUGGGGAGGGGCAGGGAGAGUAGCUUCCUUUUGGCUCCCUGGUUGUGGAAGACAUGCGCACGCACGCACGCACGCACGCACAUAUACACACACACUCCUCUGAGACUCCAAACAGGGGAAAAAAAAAUCAUUGGCAAGUGAACACACCUUGUUUUCUUGUAGCAAUAUAUCUUGAGGUCUUUGAAGGGCGGACUUAGCUCUGACCUACGGAGAAGCAAACCACUUUGGCUUGGAAUGGGGGAGAGGGUGUGGGGUAGGGGGUAAUAUAAGGUGUAACUUAAGCUAAAUGUAAUGUAUUUAUAAAGUAAGAGAUUCUCAUCUAUUUUUAUGAAAGGAAAGGGUUUUUAAAUUUAGGGUAGGCAGUUAGGGUAGCCCUGUGUUGUCCUGUGAACAAGAAAUGCAUGUCGCUGCUGGACUGAAUAUAAUCAGUGCCCCUCUACCUCCCCGGUCUCACUGCCCACUCACCUGUACCCGUGAGUGGCUUCAGCAGAGCCUAGGUCCCACUUCACCCCAUUUCCCUGUUCCUUGACCCCCCAGCUCCUUGGUCCUUGAAAGUCUCUGGCGGGGGGCACUUGUGGAAGUGGGUGGGCCGUGGGGAAUUCAGAAUUGAGGUGGGUGGGGAGGAGGGGAAAGGGGGCACCAGGUAGGGGACAAGCUUGGCUUCAGAGGGUGGGCUCUGAUUGGUGACUCAUGCUCUGGUCUGCCAAGGUCCAGUUCCAAGUCAGCUGUGUUUGGGAGAGGUUGAGAAGCAGCGGACUGUGGGUGGCCAUGGGACUGUGGGUUCAGGGAGCACUUGGCUUCCUUGGGGCCUGGGCCCUGGUGGGUCCCAGGUGGUCAGGCCGCUGGAGCAGGAAUGGAAGGGCCAGGAGAUGCCCACCCCCCAGCCCCAGCUGUGCCUACUCCAGGCCUCGGCCUGGGCUACAGUCGUUGAUGUGCUCCUCCAGGUCCUGGGGCAGGAACCGGGGUGCUGGGACUUCCUCAGACCUGGGUUCACCAUCUCGAGACACCCAGCUCUCAUUCUGGAAGGGCAUUCUCCUGACGGGAGUCCGGAGGCAGCUGGGUGGGUAUGGGUAGAGACAAAUUCUCUCUGAAAGGGAAUUUUUCUUGGCUGGAGGAUUUCCAGGUUCAGGGUGGACUGUGUGUUGGUCUUGGGCAAAUCCCUCACCAUUCCCACUGCCGGGCCCUCAAAGAAAGGAGGCAAGGCACCAUCCCCACCCCCGGCAAGACCCCUUCGUGGACAUUUUAGCAUCUACCUGAUUUUUAGCCCCAUCCAGGGAGACUUUAUAUCCUGAAGUUCCAUCCCACCCCACUGUUGCUGUUUGUCUGCCAGUUGGGUCUAGUGUCAAGGGGGAAGGGGGGGUUUAUACUCAUUGAAAGACUACUGAUCCUACCGGAAACCAACCUGUUUACUGUACUGUUGUAAAUAUCAUGCCCUUUAUAUCCUGUAUAUUGGCUUCUUUUAAAUAAAGUGAAAUGUCUU